UGACCUGGCAACGCUGGCUGCCACAAACGUAAUUACGAUUUGUUUGUAAUCAAAAGUUUAGCCGAUAAUUCUGGACUCUUAGAUUCUGGAUAUUGCGAUAUAAGAUAAGCUUAAAUACUUUCCUGUAUUAUGUCCGGCUUUAUUAAACGAAACCUUAAAAAUCAGAAGGCACGUAAACGCCAGCAAUCGUCGGGUUCAGAUGAUUCCACACCUGAAAGCAGCAUCGUCGUCUCUCAAGAAAGAAAACGUAAAGCUAAUCCAAAUGUUCAAAGUUCUAACGCGCUCAAAAUCCGCCGCAAGCCUGCCGAUAGUGACAAUUCUGAAAAUAGCUCUGACGACAACGACGGCGUCGGUGUCAGUUAUAAAUCGAAGCGCUCUGCCACACCGGCCGGCCCACAAGAUCAGGGCGCAACAGCCGAGUUAGAAAUUGAAACGUCUAAAACUCACGACGCCCAAGCUAUAUACGAGAAAAGUAUUGAAAUCAACAAGGAACUAGAAGGAAAAGAAGAUGAUAAAGUAUACAGAGGAUUGAACAAUUAUACUCAGUUUUAUAAGAAAAAGGAUAGUGCAUUGGGAAACGCAGCCUCAGGUAUGGUGCGAAAAGGUCCAAUUCGGGCGCCAUCUAAUAUAAGAUCUACUGUACGAUGGGACUAUCAACCGGAUAUCUGCAAGGACUACAAGGAAACGGGAUACUGUGGCUUUGGUGAUAGCUGUAAAUUUUUACACGACCGAAGCGACUAUAAGCACGGUUGGCAGCUAGAACAAGAAGCGUCCACAACGGGCGGCACGUACGCGAACGAUUCCGACGAUGGAAAUGAUACCAAAUACGAGAUUCAUUCCGACGAAGAAGAACUUCCGUUUAAAUGUUACAUUUGCCGAGAGAGUUUCGUUGAUCCUAUUGUUACGAAGUGUAAACACUACUUUUGCGAAAAAUGUGCUCUCGCGAAUUAUAAAAAGUCGACAAGGUGCGCAAUCUGUGGUGUACAAACCAACGGAAUGUUCAAUCCAACAAAAGAGUUGAUAGCCAGGUUGAAAACAAGAGAAAUUCAGCAGGACGACUCCGAUAGUGAUUGAAAAUGAGGCUGAUGAAAUGAAAAUAUAACUAAUUAAAAAUAUCA